AUGGGGAGACCGAAGUUCCCCGGAGUUCUGCCUUGCUUGAUGCUGGUUUUGACUAUUCCCAUGGUAUUUUCGCAAAGUCCCCCGGUUGUACAGCAUCCUUCGACUGUAUACACUGGAACUACAGGAGGUUCUGUUGUCCUUGGGUGUAUUGUAUCCGCCAACCCAACCGCUACCUCAGUAACAUGGGUGAAGACAACUGGCACAGGCGCUGGAAGCUUGACGAUAGACAAUACCAAGUACCAAGACGGAAAUGUUGGAACACCUUCUCUUAGAAUAAAUAGUCUAACACAAGCAGAUGCGGGAACGUAUGUUUGCCAAGCAACAAACGCCGGUGGAACAGGACAGACCACUGGAACAACGCUGACUGUCACAGGAACUCCACCGACUGUUACCAUUGGACAGAAUAACUAUCAGGUGGCUAUUGCAGGAACAGUCACUAUUGUGUGUAACGUGAAUUCGAAUCCUACACAAACAGGCGUCGGAUGGCAGAAGCUCGUCAAUAACGCGUAUCAGGAUGUAUCAAUAACGACAAAUAGUAGAUACAACACUGGAGGAACUACCACCGCACCAACAUUCAUCAUCACUAACGCCCAAUCUUCCGACGCUGGAACUUACAGAUGUACAGCCACUAAUCAGUUUGGAACUACAAAUAGUGGAAACACUGUACUAACAGUCACUGGUAAUGCCCCAACGGUACAGCAUCCUUCGACUGUAUACACCGGGACAACAGGAGGUUCUGUUCAGCUUGGGUGUAUUAUAACCGCCAACCCAGCCGCUACCAUAGUUGAAUGGUUUAAGACAAGUGGCACAAACACUGGCAGGAUCACAGUAGGCACUGGCAAAUAUCAAAACGGAAAUACUGGAGCGCCUUUUCUUACAAUAAACUCGCUAACACAAGCAGAUGCGGGAACGUAUGUUUGCCAAGCAACAAACGCUUUUGGUACAACUCAGAGCACUGGAACAACGCUGACUGUCACCGGAACUCCACCGACUGUUACCAUUGGACAGAAUAACUAUCAGGUGGCUAUUGCAGGAACAGUCACUAUUGUGUGUAACGUGAAUUCGAAUCCUACACAAACAGGCGUCGGAUGGCAGAAGCUCGUCAAUAACGCGUAUCAGGAUGUAUCAAUAACGACAAAUAGUAGAUACAACACUGGAGGAACUACCACCGCACCAACAUUCAUCAUCACUAACGCCCAAUCUUCCGACGCUGGAACUUACAGAUGUACAGCCACUAAUCAGUUUGGAACUUCAAAUAGUGGGAACACUGUGCUAACAGUCACUGGCAAUGCCCCAACGGUACAGCAUCCUUCGACUGUAUACACCGGGACAACAGGAGGUUCUGUUCAGCUUGGGUGUAUUAUAACCGCCAACCCAGCCGCUACCAUAGUUGAAUGGUUUAAGACAAGUGGCACAAACACUGGCAGGAUCACAGUAGGCACUGGCAAAUAUCAAAACGGAAAUACUGGAGCGCCUUUUCUUACAAUAAACUCGCUAACACAAGCAGAUGCGGGAACGUAUGUUUGCCAAGCAACAAACGCUUUUGGUACAACUCAGAGCACUGGAACAACGCUGACUGUCACCGGAACUCCACCGACUGUUACCAUUGGACAGAAUAACUAUCAGGUGGCUAUUGCAGGAACAGUCACUAUUGUGUGUAACGUGAAUUCGAAUCCUACACAAACAGGCGUCGGAUGGCAGAAGCUCGUCAAUAACGCGUAUCAGGAUGUAUCAAUAACGACAAAUAGUAGAUACAACACUGGAGGAACUACCACCGCACCAACAUUCAUCAUCACUAACGCCCAAUCUUCCGACGCUGGAACUUACAGAUGUACAGCCACUAAUCAGUUUGGAACUUCAAAUAGUGGGAACACUGUGCUAACAGUCACUGGCAAUGCCCCAACGGUACAGCAUCCUUCGACUGUAUACACCGGGACAACAGGAGGUUCUGUUCAGCUUGGGUGUAUUAUAACUGCCAACCCAGCCGCUACCAUAGUUGAAUGGUUUAAGACAAGUGGCACAAACACUGGCAGGAUCACAGUAGGCACUGGCAAAUAUCAAAACGGAAAUACUGGAGCGCCUUUUCUUACAAUAAACUCGCUAACACAAGCAGAUGCGGGAACGUAUGUUUGCCAAGCAACAAACGCUUUUGGUACAACUCAGAGCACUGGAACAACGCUGACUGUCACCGGAACUCCACCGACUGUUACCAUUGGACAGAAUAACUAUCAGGUGGCUAUUGCAGGAACAGUCACUAUUGUGUGUAACGUGAAUUCGAAUCCUACACAAACAGGCGUCGGAUGGCAGAAGCUCGUCAAUAACGCGUAUCAGGAUGUAUCAAUAACGACAAAUAGUAGAUACAACACUGGAGGAACUACCACCGCACCAACAUUCAUCAUCACUAACGCCCAAUCUUCCGACGCUGGAACUUACAGAUGUACAGCCACUAAUCAGUUUGGAACUUCAAAUAGUGGGAACACUGUGCUAACAGUCACUGGCAAUGCCCCAACGGUACAGCAUCCUUUGACUACAUACACCGGGACAACAGGAGGUUCUGUUCAGCUUGGGUGUAUUAUAACCGCCAACCCAGCCGCUACCAUAGUUGAAUGGUUCAAGACAAGUGGCACAAACACUGGAAGAAUCACGGUAGGCACUGCAAAAUAUCAAAACGGAAAUACUGGAGCGCCUUCUCUUACAAUAAACUCGCUAACACAAGCAGAUGCGGGAACGUAUGUUUGCCAAGCAACAAACGCUUUUGGUACAUCUCAGAGCACUGGAACAACGCUGACUGUCACCGGAACUGUAGCGACUGCAAGCAUUCCCCUGUCUUCUUAUACCGUGGUUGCAGGCCAGCAAAUUACUAUUCCUUGUAAUGUAGCGGGAAAUCCUGCAGUCACUUCGGUGACAUGGACAAAAAUCACCAACAAUGUACCCACGACCAUUUCUAUAGCGAGUAUUUCUCGGUAUAGUGGUGGAAUUCCAACAGUCCCAGGAUUGACCAUAAAUCCUUCCCAAACAUCGGACGCGGGGACAUACAGAUGUGCCGCAACUAAUGGAUUGGGCACUGGGACUAGCGGCACGACCCAGCUCAUUGUAACAAGUGCAGCGACUGCAAGCAUUCCCCUGUCUUCUUAUACCGUGGUUGCAGGCCAGCAAAUUACUAUUCCCUGUACUGUAGCGGGAAACCCUGCAGUCACUUCGGUGACAUGGACAAAAAUCACCAACAAUGUACCCACGACAAUUUCUAUAGCGAGUAUUUCUCGGUAUAGUGGUGGAACUCCAACAAUCCCAGGAUUGACCAUAAAUCCUUCCCAAACAUCGGAUGCGGGGACAUACAGAUGUGCUGCAACUAAUGGAUUGGGCACUGGGACUAGCGGCACGACCCAGCUCAUUGUAACAAGUGCAGCGACUGCAAGCAUUCCCCUGUCUUCUUAUACCGUGGUUGCAGGCCAACCAAUUACUAUUCCUUGUACUGUAGCGGGAAAUCCUGCAGUCACUUCGGUGACAUGGACAAAAAUCACCAACAAUGUACCCACGACAAUUUCUAUAGCGAGUAUUUCUCGGUAUAGUGGUGGAACUCCAACAAUCCCAGGAUUGACCAUAAAUCCUUCCCAAACAUCGGAUGCGGGGACAUACAGAUGUGCUGCAACUAAUGGAUUGGGCACCGGGACUAGCGGCACGACCCAGCUCAUUGUAACAAGUGCAGCGACUGCAAGCAUUCCCCUGUCUUCUUAUACCGUGGUUGCAGGCCAACCAAUUACUAUUCCCUGUACUGUAGCGGGAAACCCUGCAGUCACUUCGGUGACAUGGACAAAAAUCACCAACAAUGUACCCACGACUAUUUCUAUAGCGAGUAUUUCUCGGUAUAGCGGUGGAACUCCAACAAUCCCAGGAUUGACCAUAAAUCCUUCCGAAACAUCGGAUGCUGGGACAUACAGAUGUGCCGCGACUAAUGGAUUGGGCACUGGGACUAGCGGCACGACCCAGCUCAUUGUAACAAGUUUACCACAAGUGACUGUUGGCCAGACUAUUUACACUGCAGUCACUGGCAGCGCUAUUACCCUUGUCUGUACGGUAACAGCAAAUCCAGCUCAUACAUCUGUGACGUGGCAGAAGCUUGUCAACAAUGUUUUCCAGGCUGUUCCAAUCACCACCAAUAGUAGAUACAGUGGGGGAAUAACGACUUCACCAUCCCUGGCCAUCACCAAUUCCCAAACAGGAGACAGCGGAACUUACAGAUGUACAGCUAAUAACGCAGUAGGGACUGGAGUGAGCCAAAACACCCAGCUUACAGUCAGUGGAAGUUUACCGCAAGUGACUGUUGGCCAGACUAUUUACACUGCAGUUACUGGCAGCGCUAUUACCCUUGUCUGUACGGUAACAGCAAAUCCAGCUCAUACAUCUGUGACGUGGCAGAAGCUUGUCAACAAUGUUUUCCAGACUGUUCCAAUCACCACUAAUAGUAGAUACAGUGGCGGAACAACGACUUCACCAUCCCUGGCCAUCACCAAUUCCCAAACGGGAGACGGCGGAACUUACAGAUGUACAGCUAAUAACGCAGUAGGGACUGGAGUGAGCCAAAACACCCAGCUUACAGUCAGUGGAAGUUUACCGCAAGUGGCUGUUGGCCAGACUACUUACACUGCAGUCACUGGCAGCGCUAUUACCCUUGUCUGUACGGUAACAGCAAAUCCAACUCAUACAUCUGUGACGUGGCAGAAGCUUGUCAACAAUGUUUUCCAGCCUGUUCCAAUCACCACCAAUAGUAGAUACAGUGGCGGAACAACGACUUCACCAUCCCUGGCCAUCACCAAUUCCCAAACGGGAGACAGCGGAACUUACAGAUGUACAGCUAAUAACGCAGUAGGGACUGGAGUGAGCCAAAACACCCAGCUUACAGUCAGUGGAAGUUUACCGCAAGUGGCUGUUGGCCAGACUACUUACACUGCAGUCACUGGCAGCGCUAUUACCCUUGUCUGUACGGUAACAGCAAAUCCAACUCAUACAUCUGUGACGUGGCAGAAGCUUGUCAACAAUGUUUUCCAGACUGUUCCAAUCACCACCAAUAGUAGAUACAGUGGCGGAACAACGACUUCACCAUCCCUGGCCAUCACCAAUUCCCAAACGGGAGACAGCGGAACUUACAGAUGUACAGCUAAUAACGCAGUAGGGACUGGAGUGAGCCAAAACACCCAGCUUGCAGUCAGUGGAAGUUUACCGCAAGUGGCUGUUGGCCAGACUACUUACACUGCAGUCACUGGCAGCGCUAUUACCCUUGUCUGUACGGUAACAGCAAAUCCAACUCAUACAUCUGUAACGUGGCAGAAGCUUGUCAACAAUGUUUUCCAGACUGUUCCAAUCACCACCAAUAGUAGAUACAGUGGCGGAACAACGACUUCACCAUCCCUGGCCAUCACCAAUUCCCAAACGGGAGACAGCGGAACUUACAGAUGUACAGCUAAUAACGCAGUAGGGACUGGAGUGAGCCAAAACACCCAGCUUACAGUCAGUGGAAGUUUACCGCAAGUGGCUGUUGGCCAGACUACUUACACUGCAGUCACUGGCAGCGCUAUUACCCUUGUAUGUACGGUAACAGCAAAUCCAGCUCAUACAUCUGUGACGUGGCAGAAGCUUGUCAACAAUGUUUAUCAGGCUGUUCCAAUCACCACCAAUAGUAGAUACAGUGGCGGAACAACGACUUCACCAUCCCUGGCCAUUACCAGUUCUCAACCGGGAGACAGCGGAACUUACAGAUGUACAGCUAAUAACGCAGUAGGGACUGGAGUGAGCCAAAACACCCAGCUUACAGUCAGUGGAAGUGUCCCGACUGUGUCAAUUGGACAAAAUGUGUACACGGCAACAACAGGUGGUGCUGUUACCCUUAUAUGUACUGUUACCGCAGACCCCGCGCAUGAAAGCGUUCUAUGGCAGAAACUUGAAAACGGUGCAUAUCAGGAUGUUUCGAUCAACACCAACAGCAGAUACAGCGGAGGAACCACGUCAUCACCAUCAUUGGCCAUCACCAACUCUCAACCGGCCGACAGUGGAACUUACAGAUGUACAGCUACCAAUCAAGUAGGGACCGGCACUAGCGGCACGACUCAACUGACAAUCAGCGGAAGUGUCCCGACUGUGUCAAUUGGACAAAAUGUGUACACGGCAACAACAGGUGGUGCUGUUACCCUUAUAUGUACUGUUACCGCAGACCCCGCGCAUGAAAGCGUUCUAUGGCAGAAACUUGAAAACGGUGCCUAUCAGGAUGUUUCGAUCAACACCAACAGCAGAUACAGCGGAGGAACCACGUCAUCACCAUCAUUGGCCAUCACCAACUCUCAACCGGCCGACAGUGGAACUUACAGAUGUACAGCUACCAAUCAAGUAGGGACCGGCACUAGCGGCACGACUCAACUGACAAUCAGCGGAAGUGCCCCGAUUGAGUCAGUUGGACAAAAUGUGUACACGGCAACAACAGGUGGUGCUGUUACCCUUAUAUGUACCGUUACCGCAGACCCCGCGCACGAAAACGUUCUAUGGCAGAAACUUGUAAACGGUGUCUAUCAGGAUGUUUCGAUCAAAACCAACAGCAGAUACAGCAGAGGAACCACGGCAUCACCAUCCUUGGCCAUUACCACCUCUCAACCGGCCGACAGUUGAACUUACAGAUGCACAGCUACCAAUCAAGUAGGGACCGGCACUAGCGACACGACUCAACUGACAAUCAGAUGUUUACCAUUGGUAGAUAUUCCACAAGCAACCUACACCGUAGUCACCGGAGCUCAAAUCAUUAUCCCUUGUUCUGUCACUGCCACUCCACCACAUACUUCCAUAACCUGGGAACUUACGUCCAAUGGCCAAAUGACUACACUUAACGUUGCAAAUAGCGGUGGUAAAUAUUCUUUUGGUCCGUUAACCUCGCCAUCAUUAACAAUCAACACAGCAGCAAGCAGUGACCAGGGGGUGUACACUUGUGUUGCGAUGAACGCUGUUGGAAUAGGCCGAGAUACGACAACCUUGUCGGUCACUGGAAGUACUCCAACGGUAACAAUUCCGCAGGCUGGUUAUUCUGUGCAGACCGGAUCAUCCAUCACUAUUCCUUGUACCAUCACAGCCACACCUUCUGUAACGAUUGUGGGUUGGAAAAAGAUUCAGGGAACUGUAUCGUCUCCUCUUAUUGUAAAUGGUGCCGACUACACAGGUGGCAGUCUCACUAGUCCAGCUCUCACUAUACCGACCGCCAGCAGAACAACCCAUCAGGGCUUCUAUGCUUGUACUGCUACCAACGCUGUCGGCACAGGAACAAGUAGAACAAUUUUCCUCGCCGUUACAGGAGACGUACCUACCGUUACCGUACAGACAACACCUGCCACUGCCACAACCGGAACAGCUGUUACUCUACAAUGCGUAGUAACCGCCGAUCCUGUCGCGACUAUUGUGCAAUGGGAAAGGGUAGCUAGCAAUGGCGCAGCUACCGUUAUCAACGUAGCAGGGAACGCUAAGUAUUCUGGUGCAACUCCCGCCAGUCCGUCCCUCAAUAUCGCAAAUACAGCCUCAACCGAUAACGGAGCCUAUAGGUGCUCGGCGACCAACGCAAUAGGCAAAGGAACAAGCGGUCAAGUGACUCUAACGGUCACCGGAAGUCUCCCUGUGGUAACUGUCGCCUCAACAUCUUAUUCGGUGGUUACUGGCAAUUCCGUGACGCUCCAGUGUUCUGCUACUGGAACACCAGCCGUGACCACUGUGUCCUGGGAGAGGAAUGCUAAUGGACAAACAACCCAACUGGCUCUUAGCAGUGGUCAGUUUACAAUCAGCAAUCCGUCCCUCGUUAUCAGCGCGGCCGCAAUUGGAGAUGCUGGGACGUACAUAUGUAAAGCUGCUAAUGCUGUCGGCUCAGCGCAGAGUCCACAAGUGAAUCUCGUUGUUACAGGAGCACAACCGACUGUUACGAUUGGAGCUAACAAUUAUCAAGGUGUGACAGGAAGUUCGGUUACCCUUCAGUGUACCGUGACCGCCACACCGUCGGCUACACUUGUACGAUGGACCAAAACUACGACAUCGGGAACAAACCAAAUUACAGUAGAUGGCACCAAAUAUAGCGGUUCAAGUGUAGCCUCGCCUUCACUCGUAAUCAACUCCCUAACGUCUGCCGAUCAAGGGACUUAUAUAUGUCAAGCCACAAACUUCGUUGGCACCGGUACUAGUACCUCAACAAUGUUGUCUAUAACCGGAUCUGUCCCCAUUGUACAAGUCCCUCAACAAUCCUACAAUGUUAUCAAAGGCGGUACUGUCAUUUUACAAUGUACGGUCUCCGGUCUGCCAGCGGCCACAUCAGUGACUUGGAAACGUACUUCUGGCGGUACGGAAACUACUGUUUCUACAACUGCUGCCAAAUAUUCCGGAUCGACAGUAGCCAAUCCAUCGCUCACCAUCACUGGAGCUGAUAGCGUCGACGCGGCAACAUACGUGUGUACAGCGACUAACAGCGUCGGUGUAGGCAGGAGUACUCAGACUUCUUUGUCAGUUACCGGAGAUAUCCCGACCGUCACUGUUCCCGAUCUUACAUACUCCGUUAUAUCUGGUAAAUCGGUCACUUUGAGGUGUAUCGUGGCAGCAACGCCUCCAAUCGACAGUGUACAGUGGAGGAUGAUCAAAGGCACCACUACUACGGAUAUCGACGUAAGCCAAGCUGCAUAUACAGGUGGUACCACCGGAAAUCCUUCCCUUACAAUCGUGACGGCGAAAGCCGCUGAUUCAGCUCAAUACAUUUGCACAGCCAGAAAUAGUGUGGGCACAGGUGAAAGCGGGCGAACUACAUUGAGUGUGACUGGAGCUGCUCCCACUGUGAGUAUACCCGUGUCAUCGUAUACUGUCAUCACUGGAAAGAGUGUCAUACUUGUUUGUCAAGUAGCGGCAAACCCAACAGCCAGUAGUAUCUCCUGGUCCAAGACUGUCGGUACCCAGACAUCCAUGUUAAAUAUAGACAACACUAAGUAUACCGGAGGAACCAUCCAAACUCCAUCCCUUACCAUCAAUAAUGCUGCCUCUAACGACGCUGCCACUUACGAAUGUACCGCUACGAACGUGGUUGGAUCUACCACCAGUAAUCCAACUGUGCUUACUGUCACUGGAGGUUUGCCUACUGCUACCAUUACAAAUCCGGAUAUCACUGCCGUUCUUGGUUCGUCUGUUACAAUAAAUUGUCAGGUUACAGCCACUCCUCAGGCUACUAAAAUAGAAUGGACCCGAGUAAUCGGCGGAGUGACGUCACCUAUCGUUGUCAGUGCCAAAUUCGUGGGCUCUACAGUUGCCAACCCUUCCUUGACCAUCAACUCCCUCGCAAAUACUGACCAAGGAAACUAUAUAUGUUCGGCUACAAACGAGGUUGGUGUUGGACGGAGUCCAGCAGCCAAAUUAACUGUAACAGGAAGUGUACCGACAGUUGUGAUCAGCAAGGCUUCAUACUCUGUCGUAACUGGACAAGACAUCACCAUUGAUUGUGAUUUCACGGCUUCGCCUGACGCAACUUCACUGAAAUGGAGAAAGGUUGUCAAUGCCCAAGGCACUGAUAUCGUUGUAGCUGGAAACGCCAAGUACAGUGGUGGCAUACUUACAACCCCGUCGCUAACGAUUAAAGCUGCUGCGGCUUCAGAUCAGGCGUUCUAUCAAUGUGUUGUCGCCAACAGCGUAGGGGAAGGAGUUAGCAAAACUGCCUAUCUCUUCGUUACUGGAGAUGCACCCACCGUGACAGUCACACAGACAACUUACAAUGUCAACCUUGGUGAAGGCUUUACGAUUAAUUGUAACGUUGCUGGCGUUCCAACUGCGACAUCCGUAUCAUGGACUAUCACCAAACCUCCUUCAACUGCGGCCAAUCCACUCACUAUUACUUCCCCGAAAUAUACUGGUGGUACCGUAAACACACCCUCUUUGACCAUUACUAAUGCCGCCCAAACUGACCAAGGAGUCUACACUUGUAAAGCUACAAAUAUCAUUGGCACAGGAGAAAGCGGAAAAGUUUUUGUAAACGUCGUGGGCUCCGCCCCAGUUGUCAGCGUACCGGUGACCGCAUACCAAGUAGACGUUGGCGGCAGCGUUGUCCUGUUGUGUACUGUGGUGGCGAAUCCACCUGCGACGCAAGUCUACUGGACGAGGUCAGUGAGUGGUGCUGUGAACACUAUCACUGCGGCUCCGCCAAAAUACUCUGGAUCUGUCUCGACGAACCCAUCAUUGACGAUCAAUCAGUUGACUAGCGCAGAUGAAGGAAGUUAUAGGUGUCAUGCUACAAAUACUGUGAAUACCGGUCAGAGCGGGCUCACUACCUUGGUUGUUUCUGUCGCUCCAACUAACAUCAGAGUCAAUCCUCCAUCCGUUACAAGAAGAGAGGGACAAAGCUUUUCAGCAACAUGUACCGCGGAGGGGAACCCCACUCCAACUUACCAAUGGGUGAAGAAAUCAACUCAGCAGGUUGUGUCGAAUGUAGGAACACUGGCCAUCCAGAACAUCGACCGGGGUCACCAUGGCGAGUACAUUUGUACUGCCACAAAUCCCAGGGGAUCAGCCACAGCGCCUUUCAAUGUCGACGUUCAAUAUCAACCAAUCAGCACAGUGACCACUGCUGAAAGGGAUGUUAUCCUUGGUUUGAAUGACCCCAGAACUCUCACCUGUAACACAGUCGCUAAUCCUUCUGUCGACACAUACAGAUGGACCAAGAACAAUGCUAACAUCCCAGGUGCUACCGCUCUUACGUACGUUGCGACUAUAGCGGUUGCCACUGACUAUGGUUCAUACACCUGCUACGCUACCAACUCUAUUGGGGAGUCGUCAGCCAUCACCUUUAAUCUCCGGUCAGCUGCAGUCACGCCGGUAGCGCCCACUCCUACUACUCCGCCACUCUCGACUGAAUCCAUCAUCGCUAUAGCUGUUGCUGUCGCCGUGCUCCUUCUCAUUCUCAUCAUCGUUUGCGUCUGCUGUUUAGCACGAUCUAAAGAACCAAAGAAGACGAGGGUUUACACAAGGAAGCCAACACCAGCUCCCAUGCCAAUGAUGUCUCCAAUCAUGAUGAGCGAACCUUCGAUGGCGGUUGUUCCAAUGAACUCCUUCCGAUCUCCAUACGACCUACCUGGACAAGAAUUCACUUACUAUGAGAGCGAACGUGCCAAGGAGUGA